AUGACACCCCCGCCACCGCCUCCGGCAACGAAGUUCCAUCCUCCAGCUCCACAUCCGGGCUACUAUCAUGCUCCUUAUCCACCACAUGGGUAUCCGCCAAUGCCACCGCCGCAUCCUGCCUAUGGAUACCCUUACCACCCACCACCGCCACCCCCACGACGAAAGAGUUCGCAAACAUCACCCCCCACAAAGCAACAACAGCAACAACAACCCCCCAAGACUACUCGCAAGAAGAGGAGUUCCAAGAAGGUGGCACCCGAACCACCCGCCAUCAACAGCAAACCGCAAACGAUUCUCACCCACCACGACCAUGACAUCUUAAUGGGUCGUGGAGGCAAGAACAACAGUCAUGUUGGAAACGAAAAGCUACGAGAAAUGGCCCGAGCAGUGACAGAGGUGUACAAGAAGGCAUCCAAGAAAGAAAAGUCUCGAAUGGCAUGGGAUCUCAUUGAGCAAGUCAAACAACUCAAUCCACCGGGUCGAUUCCUGAGACGCAUUCAAGACACGGGAGCUUGGGAAGAAGUGCCAGUAUCGCAGGCCCGAGAAAAAGCGGGGCAAUGUCUGCGUGAUGCCGUGGCAACCAACAAGGGCCCCCCUCCGCCGACAGUAUCUUCUACUGCCUCCUCUUCCGAAAUCAUCAAAAAGAGCGUUCCUCCCCCACUCGUGUCAAGUUCCUCCGCCUCCAUCAACGACGACAACACUGUAGCCGAAAGACCAUCCACUCCAGUGUCGCUACACAAACACCCGCUCAAUGUCAUUGAAGAGUCGCCCGUGGCGGAUACCACCAUUAGCCGUCGUAGCUCUGUCUCUUUCAAGAUGGAAGAAGACGAUAAUGAUGAUGCCAUGGAUACCUCUUCUUCUUCCUCUGCGCCCAAGCGACAACGACUAGGAACCUGGGACAAGGUCGUCCGCUCCGGUGGGGAUCUACUGGCACAGUUUGGAGAAGAUUUGGAUGCUAGCACCAGUCAUGAAGGAGUCAUGAGGGCUCGUCUGGGGACAUGGGAUCGGGAAUCCGCCGGCUUGUCCCACUCCAAUCAUGUCAUUCCCAUGGACCAAGAUCCGGUGCUGGUGGGUAUCGAUCAACACACGGGAGCACCCAUGGUCAUGAUGGGCAAUGACUUGGAAGAAUGGUUGGAAGAAGGGCUCCAUAUGGAUCAAGAAGAACUGGAGCAACCAAACCAACCCAUGUAUACAGACGAUGAGGAUGUCUUCUACACGGAUUUCUUUUGA